AUGAAAUACAGCCUGUACGACCGCUUGUACAAGCGGGAGCUUGGAAGCCAGACAGUCUACUCCAAAGUGCCCGGCAUUUACGGAGACAGGCAAUGGAUCAAAGAUCUGGACAUUAUCAACGAACUCGAUGGGCACUCAGGCUGUGUCAACGCACUGAGCUGGUCCAAGUCAGGCCGUCUCCUUGCCUCUGGUUCUGAUGACCAGCACGUUAACAUUCACUCUUACCUGCCUGAUUCGUCGACCUCCCAAUUUACUCUGACGACGGCCAUCGCCACUGGGCACAGGCAGAACAUCUUCUCCGUGAAGUUUAUGCCACAUUCGAACGACCGUAUCAUUGUCUCGGCCGCUGGGGAUGGCGAAGUGAGGAUCUUUGACAUUGAGUACUCCGGGCGAUCGAGUGUGCCAUCGUCCAUGUCCAACUUGGGCUCAGGAAGGAGACGGAACAUCAUCUACAACGGCGUACGCUACCUCAGCGAAGGGGACACGAACGCGAAGGUGUACCGGUCACACAGCGACAGAGUCAAGAGGAUAGUCACAGAAUCUUCGCCAUACUUCUUCUUGACAUGCUCGGAAGAUGGCGAGGUACGACAAUGGGACAUCCGCCAGCCAUCAUCAGCUUACCCAGCACCACGAGACAUCCGUGGGAGCUAUGAGUCGAACGAGGACAACGUUCCGCCUCCGUUGAUAUCUUACAAGCGGUACCACCUUGACCUGAACACUAUCUCCUGCUCUCCCAGCCAGCCUCACUACAUUGCCCUCGGCGGCGCACACAUGCACUGCUUCCUACACGACCGCCGGAUGCUCGGCCGGGACCGACUAAGAGAGUCAGGAAGACCGAUCUCCAUGUCUGGCAGCUUCUCUGAACACGACAACGAACUCAUGGGCCAAGCCACGCAAUGCGUCCGCAAGUUUGCACCGGACGGACAACGGCGCAUGCGGCGGACCGACAACGGACACAUCACAGCCUGCAAGAUCAGCGAUGCUAAUCCCAACGAGAUGGUCGUCAGCUGGUCCGGCGAGUGGAUCUACAGCUUCGAUCUCAUCCGCAGUCCCGACGCGAGCGAGCAGCAGUCCGAGUCAGCUGCUCGGAGUUCCAGUGACCGCAAAGCCAAAGUCAAGGAGUCAAAAGUUCGCAAGAGAAAACGCGCCAAAACCGCCGAAUCAGCCACCUCGCAAGAAGCUGCCGACCGCUCUAGUUCCCGAGCUCGAACUUCAAGCUCUGCCGCCGCUGAAGGCACCACCCCUAUGGCGCUGAUGGUCCAGUACGAGAAUGGACAGAGCGAAGAGAUCCCUAUCGAGCCGGCGCGGCCCAGAAGUCCCAUCUCCGAAGCUCGCGAAGCCGUUCUCCCCGAAGCGCAGCGCCAGAGCUUCCGCAUCGCCAAAGCAUCGGUCAAGCUACGGAAACACAUGUUCACACUCGGCGCGAAGAAAGAUUUAACAGAUGCCGACCCGACAGGCCACGCAACAUCCUUUACCAGCGUGCUAGGCUUCGCCGCAAGUAUUCUGCCUGAGAUGGACGAGAUAUCCCGCACCUGGCGCUACCCCGUGAAUCCUUCUCCCCUCGAUACAACCUUCCAGCGCACCCUCCGCGCCAACCGCUGCUCAAGCCGGCGCUUCGUUCAGGCAGCAGGCGCACUCGCCAGACUCCUGCGCGGCAAGCUCCGAACGGCCGGCGGCACGAGUCCAGCCCUUGCACUGUUCAGCCAGAUUACGCCUGCUCCGAGCGAGCUACCUGAGAUCCCGCGACACGAGCACUUUGGAUACGACUUCCUCAAGGCAAUACUCCUGUGGCUAGACAGCGGCGUCGGCGCUCUGCUAGAGGGGUUCACGCGGCCGCCCACCGUGCCGCCCGGGCAUCCACGGUUUCCGGUGCCUGAUGACGCGGGCAUCGAGGCGGUUGAUGAGGUGCUGAUACCGUAUCUCCUGCGGCUGGCGGACGAGAAGUCGAUCAUGAACGUGGACGCAAGCAGGUUUGAGGUCGAUGAGAAUCGACGGCUGUUUGCGAGCGAGAAGGCGGCUGUUGUGGCGUUUGCGCAGGCGGUCAAGAUUCCCUUCGCGGAUUUGUCGAGCGCGGUUGUUAGGGCGGAGGACGCAGGUGGGGACGUGCAUGCGAGUGCGCAGGAUCGGAAGGCGGCGCUGCGGUAUUGGGCGUUUAAGGUUGGGAGGGGAGUGCUGAUGAAUGCGGGACAAGGGGUGGAUUUCGCGUUUGUGGAUCGUGCGUUUGGGGGGCUGGGUACGACUGAUGGGGGGAUCGAAGAGGAAGAGGGAGCGUUGAGAAUGAGAUUCGAGGACGUGGGUGGGGAAGAAGAGGAGGCGGUGAGGAGUGCGAGGGUUGUGCGGCGGAGUGAAGAGAGCGGCUCAUCGAUGGAGGACGUGGUUCUCCCGCUCAGCGAAGUCUCCGAGAUCAUCUCCGCCAAUACCGACGACGUUGACGACGAAGGCCAAGAUAACGACGUAGAUGUCGACGGCCACGAAGCGGAGGAAUCAGAAGAAGAGGAGCAAGAGUCAGACACGGAAGAAGACGAUGCCCGCUAUGUCUGGCGCAGCGCGUUUGAACGACGCCGCCUCCGCGAAGGCGUCGAGCUCGACGUGCCCUGCUCGCCGCACACGAGAGUAUACAAAGGGCACUGCAACGUCAAAACUGUCAAGGACGUGAAUUUCUACGGCCUGAACGAUGAAUACGUUGUCAGUGGCAGCGAUAGCGGACACCUGUUCAUCUGGGACAAGAAGACGAGCCAGCUGCUUAACAUCCUCGAAGGGGACGGCGAGGUGGUCAAUGUUGUUCAAGGCCACCCCUACGAACCCCUUCUCGCAGUCUCAGGCAUUGACCACACGAUCAAGAUCUUCAGCCCCGACGCCCGCGCCCGGCGCGAUGCCAUCCGGGGUAUUGGCGUCAGCGCCGCGGACGCCUCCACCUUCUCCUCCCUCGGCUUUGGGCGCUCACGAAUGCGUCGGCGGGCUGCUCCCACCUCAGCCGGCGCCAGCGCCGCCACUACAGCCGAAUCCCACGGCCAAGAUGCCGGUGCGGAUGAAGCUGAAAGCUCUGACGACGAGCGCGCACAGGCGCCCAACGGGCUCCCGAGCCGAAGAAGGAUGCAUCAAGAAUAUCAGAUCACGAGUCAGAACGAUGUUGAUCGGAGGGGCGGGAACAGGGAUGCGUUUAUCACGAGGAGUAUGCUUGCGCAGUUGGCGGCGAGGAUCCAGGCGAGGCAGAUGGCAGGGGAAGGGGGAGGAGAGGGGGAGGAGGGGACGUUGGUGAUUGAGGGGGAGGAUUGUACGGUGAUGUAG